AGCAUACCCACCGCCAGCUCCACCUCUUCUCGUCGCCAAUCCUCCAGCAGCACGCGCAUACAUUGCCAUCGCCAUCGCCAUCGCCUACCUCGACAACGGGCGUAACUCUCACCGACCAUGACGUCCGACCGCCCAGGAAGCAGCAACCCCGAUGUGAAUUCCUUUCUGGAGAAGUGGAAGGAAUUCAAUGACGAGCAAACAAAAGAGGAUCUGGAACGAAGCCGGCGGCUGGAAGAACAGAUUGCAGCAGAGAAGAGGGCAAGGAUGGAGAGGAGGGCUGCGCGUACUCGGUCCUUAUCACCGGAUAAAGGGCGGACAACCAGGAAUAUCAUUGGCACUAUCGUGGAGGAUGAGUCGAGCGAAACAACAAGAGGACGCUCGAUUGAGAAUACAAUGGCUAAACUGACUGGCGGUCCGGCUGCAACGAACACACAACCGAAAUCACCGGAGGUGAAAGCAGCAUACAGGCGCACAAUGCCCGCCCUCGCUCCCCCUACGUCCUCAUCAUCUUCAGUUGAACCAACAAAAGCACCUUUACGCUCAACGGACGCCCCUAAAUCCCCCGACAACGCCUCGAAACCUACGAACCGGGGCAGGGCAGCAGACGUGUUGAGCGCACGAACCCCAGACUUCUUUCGACAGUCACGCACGAACACGCUUGGUAUGAGGAAGAGUCCAGUACCGGAGUUUGCGGCUGGGAACACUGAGUCGGUAGGAGCUGGUGUUGCGAGUGUUCUACGUGGAAGGGAAGGAGCGGGAAGAGUGGGCAUGGCCUUGCCCGGCCUGAGUGACCUUAAACCGAAAAAGGAGGAGGCCGUACCACAGGAAAGGAUUUCCAGAAACGGAUUGGGAAGAAGCGUGAAACGGGAGACGUGGAUCAAAGAUGAAGAACCAAAGGCGGAGAAAGUCCAGGAAACGCCGAAGUCAACGCCUCAGAAGCCGAUCAUUGCCGCAAAGAAGCCCGUAUUUUCACCGACCUCUGCUCCAUCAACCUCCGAUGAACCGCAGCCCGAGCCAGCAGACUCCGCUGUAUCAGCGGCCUCGGUUUCCUCCCUCACCUCCAGUGUAGCAUCCAGUACCAUGUACAAGAUGCCAUUGUCGGGUUUAGCGUCGUCGGAAUCGAAAAACCCCAGCGCCUCUUGCCCGGGAACAGGAUCCUCUACAAGUACAACCCCUACUAUAACCGCGGCUCCUUCAUCACCUGUUGCCCGCUCAAGUCCAUUCGCCAGAUCCAACAGUAGGAGCCCCGAACGUACCCGUUCGCGUGGAUCUGCUCCCAACUCGCCUAGCAGGGAACGCAUGGCGCUUGGAUCGGUACCAUCAAGUCCAAGUCGUGAGCGCAUUGAAAGUGGUGUGAGUUUACCAUGGAUGAUGCCGGACCGUCCUUCUUCGCCGUUGAAAACCGAUUCGGCCUUUUCGCCCCGUGUCUCAAGCACAGAGGCGACGAGUUUGAGUGAACCUGUGAAGCGCACGUCAUCUUUGAUUGCUCCGUUGAAGGUUAAGGAAGAGGAGGCUCAGGUGAAUAGGACGACGAGCUUGAACUCUCCGGAACGCCAGCGCUCGCCGACCCGUAUCACCACGUCUCUUUCUGCACCGGAACCCAAAGCCAGUACCCCUGAGAUCAAGAAGUGGACGCCGGCUGCCGCACGUGCGACUUGGUUCGAUAAGGCACUGCAAAGUCCAACGAAGGCCGAUAAACGAGAAGCCCUAGGGCUGGGUAUUGGCGGGAUGAAACCAAGCCCGAGUAUCAGGGAGAAGCCUGUCGCUAUGGGAUCUCCGAAGCCGGUCCCCGCGCCCAAAGAGGUUCCUAAGAUGGGAUUGCUGGGCGGUUCCGCUAGAUCGCUCAAGGCAGGGGUGAAAGAGUCAUCCAAACCUACGUUGGCGAAGAAGCCAAUUGUCAGCCCGAGGCAGACCGUUAGAGAGGCUCCUCCGAAACUUCCAGAUUUGGGACUUUCUGCUGCUCCCGCUUUGCCCAGCUUCUCAUUUGAGGAGUCCGAAAAGGCGGAUGCGAUUGCUUGCCUUCCUCAACCCAAGGUGGCUCCCGUCUUCGGCGGCGUUGCAAAGAAGUCGUCGCUUGCUGACAGGUUCAAUCCUGCUCUUGCCGGCAUGCUCGCUAAGCCUGGCAUAAACCCCAUGAUGGGAGGUCAUGCGCUUAAGAAGGCUGCAACGGCGCCUGCUGAGAUGGUUCACGAGCCUAAAAGUGAGAAGGACGAGACAACGUCCGGAGAGUUGAAGCAUAUGACAAAGGGUCGCGCAAGAGGCCCGAAGCGCCGAGCUCCUACAAAAGCUAAGUCUGUCCCAGAGCCGGAACCUGAGGCAGCUGAGAACACGCUGAAACCUGCAAGGUCUCAGAACCUCCGUGCUGCUUCUCCUCCUGCGUGUGCGCAACUGGGCGUGCCGGCGAGAAAGGAACAGAGUGAUACGGCUAAUACGGCAGUGCUGAUGAGUGCAUGGCAGGAGGCUUUGAAUAAGGAGACGGAAAAGAGGGCGAGAGGAAGUGUUAUGGCCAUCUGGGAACAACGUAAUGAAAACAAGGAGGAAAGGCCAGAGGUUCAGGUUACUCCAGGGAGGAAGGAUGCCACAAUUGUUACGCCCAAGCCCAGCUUGCCUACGUCUGAGAGGAAGCCUGUGGUGGCUCGCAAGCCGUCCUUCCCCAGCCCAGAACAGAAUCGGCCCUUCAUUUCUUCUAAGCCGACAGUGGGUAAGAUUGCCUUCAACCCGGUCCAAGCCGAAGAGCGCAAGGUCGCAAUGAAGACUGUCGGUUGUGCCUCAAUUGCAGAGCGUCCUCCGGUCGCAGACUUUGCGAAGCAGAUGGAAGUCAAGCUAGGCUCUCCGUCUCGAUCGCCGAGCACGAAGAGCGAGAAUGAGAAAGCCCCCGUUCCUGGACUGGCAAAGAGGGUACCGGUCAGUCAACUGGCAAAGCAGAUGGAAGUGCUUCCCGGGGAGGACAAGGGCGAGCAGGAGGAGAGCAAGCCGGUAGGGCCCAGGGGUCCUAGAGGUCUUCCUCCUGUUGCUAUCAUGCCGAUCUCAAACAUAGAGGUCGACAGGCCGGUGGAGAGGCCCGUUGAAAAGACCGAGGAGCCGAAGCUUGAGGAAAAGGCUAAGGAGGCCUUGGAGGAGCCUGCUGUUAAACCUGUGGAGAGGGAGCAGGAAAGAGACGUCCAACAGCAGUCUGCCCCUGCACCGGCACCGGCACCAACACCAACAUGGAAGCCUGUGCCUGCACCGGUCAAGGUCAUUGAGAAGGAAAAGCAGGCUGCUCCGGCGUCUCCCAAGCUGGUUGCUCCGCUGUCGCCCACCAAGACCCAAAUUAGUCGUUUCGAAAGCGCUGUACCACUAUCUCCUUCCUCUUCGGUACCUCAAUCGCCUACCAGGACAGAACUCAAUCGCUUUAAGGUGGCAUCCGGUUCGGUCAAGAGUGUUGCUGAGAGAUGGGCGCAAGCGACUUCCCCGACUCCGGUCGAACGUGGUCGGCCAGAGCCCAUUGCUUUGCCUACGCGAGAGAGGUCUCUUUCCCCGAAGAAAAGGGAGCCCGAGGCGCCUGUGAAGCUGGAAAGACUCGCGACGUCUGCCGAGACCGAGGACAAGACCGUUGCUACCGUCUCGCAGCCAAAGCCAGAGGUAGUCGUCGCACCGAAGCCCAUCCUUGCAGCUAAGCCUGACCUCUCGCCCAAGAAAGUUGAGAUGCCAGCGAAGACUAAAGUUGAUGAAAAGAUCGUGGCACCGGCACCUGCAGCUGAGGAGAAACCCGCCAUCGUCGCACCCAAGCCCGCCAUGACCCCGCCGUCUCCUCAGAAAAUCAUCUCUUCCUCACCCAGAUCUCGUUCUGCCAGUCCAACGAAAAUGCCGAAGACUUCAUCUUAUAAGAACAUCUCUGGCUUUCUCCGCGGCUGGUCCGCGAAGCCUUCCGUGUCUCGGAUUGACGUCGCUCCGAUCCAUGCAAACAAGCCUGUGGAUGUGAACGAGUCCAAGGAACGUCUUCUUGCGCAAGGCUGGGUUAUUGAAAACGGUCGCAGCGUGUCUAUCCCUCUUGAGGAGCAGCAUGUACUGUUUGAGAAUGAUCUCAUGGUGUAUCUUUACGUGUACAAGGAUGAGAGUGAUGAGGAAAAAUCCACUGUCUUCGUCUGGACUGGUCGUGGCUUUGACGGCAACCAGGCCAAUGGGCGUUCCUUCGCUGACAGGGUGGCUAGGGAGCACGGUGCUGAGGUCGUCUCUAUAUUCCAAGCCAAAGAACCCGGAUCCUUCCUCCGAGCUUUGGGUGGGGUUAUGGUAACUCGACGCGGUCCGCGGAAGCGUUACGAUGCUGGAGACUCUUUCAUGUGCAUCGUUCGCCGAGUGUUUGGUGGUGUUGCGUGUGAGCAAGUCGACCUUCACGGAUCCCAGCUUUCAUCGGGUUACGCCUUCGUGAUCUCCGUGAUCGGUCAGGUCUUCGUCUGGCAGGGUGCUGGUGCUCAUCUCGAUGAGGUUAAUGCCGCUCGAAAGAUCGCGCAGGAGGCAGCCCAGGACAACACCAUCGUUGACGUUCGCGAAGGUGCAGAACCGGACGUGUUUCUUGAUGCUUUGGGCGGAGGGGCUAAGUACGCAAGUGCCAGCUUCUGGGCGAAGAAGCCUGAUCAUGAAAACUACAUGGUCCGCCUGUAUACCAUUGAACUCGGUAAUGCGAAUGAGAUCUUCCCAUUCGAUCAGUCUGAUCUGCGUCCGGACAAUGUUCAUGUCAUCGAUGGCUUCUUUGAGAUGUACGUGAUCGUAGGACGUGAUGCCAGAGGAAAGCAUGAAGACAUCCAACUUGCGUGCGACUUCGCAAAAGACUACACAAAGCACGCAUUCAGAGCUGACGGUCGUCCGUUCAUGCCGGUUGCUACUGUACUGUACCCGCCUUCGUCUGUGCCUAGGGAACUGCGCAUCAAUAUUCGCGGCUGGAAGGACGAAACUUCGCCGCUCGUCUUUUCAGGUCAAGCUGCCAGUUUGCAGCGCAAAACGAGUUUGAGGAUGAGAAUCUUGCCCCUUGACAGUGCGGUAGCCACGUUGAAGAAGGAGACUUUCCCAAUUAAGGAGCUGAAGGGCGAUGAUCUUCCCCUGGGUGUGGACGCAGAUCGCGUGGAGGAUUGGCUGAAUGAAGAAGAUUUCCAGAGUGUAAUGGGUAUGAAGAGGGACGGAUACAAUGCAUUGGGGGAUGGUGAACGGAAGAGGGUGAGAAAGGAGGGAUUGGAAAUGAUGAGACAGUUCAACUUCUGAGGAAUGCCCAGAAGUGAACUACCAUUGAUUUGCUGUGCUUAUAGGCAUUUGUGAUAUCCUUUGAUCUAGUAUUUAUUAUACAUAAUAGAGUCUGGUACUCGACUUCCU